AGCUCGAAGCCCCUUGGAAACUUUCCCUUGGAAUCCGAGACCAAAUUUCUCAAGAUUCAAGAGGAACCUAAUAAUGAGAAAAAAGCCUCGCGUAAACAACUGAAGUUUGAUGAGGAAAGCAGCUCCAAUAUUCAGACCAGGCUAAAAGAUAUUCUUGGCCGAGUUCCCUGGAAUUAUCAUUCUGGUUCAUUUGCUCCUUACGCUAAUGGAGUGGGUGGUCUAUCCCAAGAAAAGUUACAAGCAAUUAUGAAUCAGUUGACCACUAAUAUCAGAGUUAACGGACGGAGGGUUUCUCCACUGCAGGCGCAGAUAGUACAUCAGUCAUCCAAUGGGGAUUUAAACCCAAGCAUGCCCGAGCUGAACGACAUGCAAAAUGACAUGAUGAGCCAACUUCAGGACUCUAUGCAACCCAGUAUGCAAGGCAAUAUGCAGGAUGACAUGCAAAGCAGUAAGCCAAACGACAUGCAAAAUGAUGACACGGGUGAAACCGAGAUUAAACCGAUCCAGAUACCAUGGAAUUCAAAGGGUGGCAACAAUGCACAGUCUACGAGUCCCUCCACGUUUGAGCGUUUGAUGUUUGGUGGCCUUUCUCAAAUCGCAGGAGGUGGAGAAGGACAGAAUAAAGGUUAUUCCGAUUUCGGAGGUGGUGUGAGUAACGUUCCUGGAUUAUCGUUUGGUGGUACACAUACGAGUGGAGUCAUCAACCUUAUGGAGAGUGAAAAUGGAUUAAAACCCAUGACUGGUAUGAAUGGAAUGCGCAGUAUGAAUGGAAUGAUGACAGGAAUGCAUGGUAUGACGACGAAUGGAAUGGGUGAUAGAAUGUGGGGAGGUCGGUCGUUCUUUUCCAGAAGGGGAGAAACUGUUACAAAUAAGACCAACGAGCUUUCAAUAAGAAAAAACGCCGACAAAGUCACUCGUGCAAACAAAACACAUGAACAUGGUUCUGCAAGUGAUAUCCAUCAAGUUCAAAAGUCGCACCACGAGACAAAGCCCAGUGUAAUAAGGUUGAUACCUAGUGACAAGCUAACCCGAGAAAGGAAUAAACUCGACAAUAGAAUUAAACCAACAGCUACGAACUAGACUCAUCGCUGACGAAGGCAAACUCAUCAGAUUUAAGGGAAAUGGAAUAAGAUGUAUUAUAACUGAGUGGUUCCUCAGUGUUCUCUUAAGCUUGAUAGUCAUGAAACUUUGACCUAUCGUAGCAGCAAGAAAUAUAAACGGCUUACUGUAAUUGAUGUGAAAAUUUAAUGUACCUUUAUCGGUUCUGGUUGUUAUGUCUCGAUGUUCUGAAUUUGUAAAUUAAACUCGCUAAUUAACACACUUAGAUGCAUCACCUGUCUAUCUACUUAUCAGGUCGCUUAUAAAAAACGUACAAUCAAAUCUGCAACUACAAACUGAUGCCCAAACGCCCAUGUCAAAGAAACCCCCCCCCGGGGGGGGGCACUCCCUUGUAUAAACCAUAUAGGUAUGUGCCGCCCCAAAGGGUAGGGUCUUUGUGCCUUGCCGUUUCGGUCUGACAGCGGUAUAGAUUUUGGUCUUUUUGGUCUGAAAUCGGGUGUGGUUUCGAGGAAACUACGGAAGUCAGUGUUAACGUAUUUAUCGUUUCAACACCAAAUGAAUCAGAAAGAAACAGUAAGAUGCGAAUGUCCGAUGUCUGACGUCCGAUGUCCGAUUUCCCCUGUCCGAUGUCUGAUACAGUGAUGUCUGAUGUCCGAUUUCUGAUGUUUCAUGUCCGCUAUCUGAUGUUCGAUGUGUGAUGUCCGAUGUCUGAUAUCUGAUGUCUGACGUCCGAUGUCUGAUAUCAGAUGUCUGAUGUCUGAUGCUGAUGUCUGACACGGAUGUCUGAUGUCUGAUGUCGGAUGUCUGGUGUCCUAUGUCUGAUAACCAAUGUCUGAUGUCUAAUGUCUUAUUUCCGAUACCCGAUGUUCGAUGUCGGAUAGUCUGACGUCUGAUGUCUGAUGUCCAAUGUCUGAUGCAGUGAUGUUUGAUUUCCGAUUUUGCUGUCCAAUGUUCGAUGUCUCAUAGUCUAAUGUCUCUUGUCGGAUGUCCGAUGUCUGCGAUGUCUGAUUUUUUUGUCCGAUCUUUUUGUCCGAUUUGAUGACCGAUUUGAUGUGCGAUUUGUUGUCCGAUGUCCGAUGACCGGUGUCCUAUGUCUGAAACAGAUGCCUGAUGUCCGAUGUCCGAUGUCUGAUGUCUGAUGUCUGAUGUCUGAUAUUUUGUCCGAUUUGAUGACCGAUUUGAUGUCCGACUUUUUUUCCGAUUUUUUGUCUGAUUGGAUGUCCAAUCUGAUGUCAGAUUUGAUGUCCGGUUUGAUGUCCAAUCUGAUGUCAGAUUUGAGGUCCAAUUUGAUGACCGAUUUGAUGUCCGAUUUGAUGUCUGAUUUGAUGUCAAAUUUGAUGUCCGACUUUUUGUCUGAUUUUUUGUCCGUUUUGAUGUCCAAUCCGAUGUCAGAUUUGAUGUCCAAUUUGAUGACCGAUUUGAUGUCCGAUUUGAUGUCUGAUUUGAUGUCCGAUUUGAUGUCAAAUUUGAUGUAUGAUUUGAUGGCCGAUUUGAUGGCCGAUUUGAUGACCGAUUUGAUAACCGAUUUGAUGUGUGAUUUGAUAUCUGAUUCGAUGUCCGAUUUGAUGUUUUAUUUGAUAUCUGAUUUGAUGUCUGAUUUGAUGUCCGAUUUGAUGUCAGAUUUUUGUUUAUUAUAUCGAUUGUAAUCUUAGGCCAUGAUAGAUUUUUAUUUCUGUAAACGCAUUGAGGCAUGCAAUCAACAAUCCAUCAUCAUUAUUAUUAUUAUUUUCAUAUUAUUAUUAUUAUUAUUAUUAUUUAUCAAUAGAUUAGGUAGUUUUUUGCCAACUGUAUGAUUUCUUCUGCUCAAAAAACGAAGCGUAGAAACUGCAUUAAUGUGUUUUUCUCUUUUUAAUCUGGACCCAUUUAAACUAUAGAGCUAAAAUAUUUCCACCAGUUUAAAAACUUAAAAACUCCAGUCAUAUUUGUAAGGAUUUUAGAAACUACGGCUUUACUGGAAACUGGCGAAAUCAUUUUGACCCGAGCAGCUUCCUAGCCUUGCCUGCUGGUAACGCAUUGUUGGUGAUACUUGCAAAACACCCACGCUUCCUGUAGCUACCUAACUUUCACGCCCAUCGAUGUGGUUCACUGAACAUCUUUCUUUGUUCAACCUGGGGAAGCUCUCUAAAACGCGUUAAAUAUUAAUCGCCAAAAGCAGAAUGACGUCAUUGUAUCAACAUUUUCGCUGUCAAAGAAGCAAAACGACGAGAAAUUAUAUUGAAAAUGUAUGGCUCAAAGAUAUUUGAAAGAUGUCUAAAUAUUGAGUGUAAACAGAUUUAAGCCUGAUUCAACAUUGAAGUAAGUAAUCCUACUGUCCUAUUAUCGCUUUUAAAUUGUGUCCAGUAAAAAGGUCUUUAAACAAAUCAGGUUAAAUUCAGGAGCGAAGACAAAACAAUCGAAGGAGAUAAUUAGCGUUGAGGGCAUCUUUGUUAACUUAAUGUUAUAUUUAUGUACAACAAAACGCACAGAGGAUGACCGAAGUUAAGAACUUUUUACGCUCAGCAGUAGAGUUUCUGACCUUUGUGCUUCCAAACUGGCCUGUCUUAGGCGUGACUUCUGAAGAGGACCUCGUUAACUACCUGCUAUGUGCAUUUUCACCUUGGAGGGCACAGAAUCAAUCAGUUAAAUGCAAAACCACAGACUAAAAAUUACCCAAAGGCAAAUUUCAUAACCUUAAACUGUGAACAGUUGAAGUGAAGAGGUUCAUUUGAAUGGUUACAUCACAGGAUUUUGUCUAUAUAUUAAAAGCCUGUCGGUAAUUUUCGUCAUGGCCAAGAAACUAAAAAUUCAAGACAAAAGAAUUAGGUUGUGCAAAAGCUGGAAACAGCAGAGGAAUUUUUCUUACAAAGAGUCAGCCUCUUUACCGAUAGUUAUAUACUCCUAUUCAACCAUAUUGCACUAUGAAAUUGGUGUUUGGGUGUUUAAAAAAACGGGUAACACGAUGAUUAACGAUGUUUAAAAAGACGGGUAACACGAUGGGAAGAAUGUUAUGUAGUACCAAAUAUCGUCCGUUUCUCUUAAUAGAAGUAUAAAAUAGGGUAAAGAGAACGAAUCUUAAAUUUGCAAGAUUGGAUUUACCAACAGAGAAAACGUUUUUCUGCUUUUUUUCUGAGUUGUGGUGGGAGAGCAGGACGUUUCGCAGUUAUAUUAGAGUUAAUUGAUAUAUUGAUUGGAUUAAUUAUAUGGUUGCUUUACAGCUGAUGUCACAAGAUGUCCUUUGUGGUGUUACUUCAGUGAAAGAUGGCAGACAAAAGGCACCGACUAUAUUCAAUUCUGCUGUUGUUUGCCGUUGUUAGGGGAACCACGACUACGGGUACGUCAGCUCUUCAAAUUUUACUCCUGUGUAGACGCGAGGAAAUGAGGUCUGUUCUGAGUCCUUCUUCAGCUUGAAACAACUUUUAGGAAGUGAUGUGCGCAUUAUCCUGUCUUCAGAGCCUUGGGGUGGAUUUUCAAUCUCGCGUAAUUGUUACGUGCUUUAAUGAAAUGGAAGCAAUGUAUGAAAGGCCGCGCGACCUUCCAUAUACUGUACUGCCUUCUAUACAUUGCCUCUAUUUUAUUACACAGCAGUAGAAAUGAACUGUUCGAUGAACGUGUGAACUGAUGCAAUGUUGAUUUUUGCAGUGUUCCUGGUACAAUGCAUAAGCGGUUUAAAUAUAACGGGAGGUUUAAAUAUGACAGGCUAUGUCCUCUAAGCCCCCCCGUUCUAGGCCCAGGCAUUUUUUGUGCAAGGCACUGUACUCUAAAAGUGAGUUAAAGAGAAAUCUUGCCUCUGUUCCCGAUGAGGUCUAUGACUACAUUUUAUUCGUCAACAUUCAGGCAAGUCCGAAAAGUUGCAUCAUGGAAAAAUCCAAGCUGCUAGAAUUUCGAUUGAGUUCGAGAAUUGUUUCACCUUUUCAUUUACGUCGGAUGAAAUAUCACGAAUAUUUAUUUUUAGUCAUCAAAUCGUCAUAAUGCCACUGAAAAAUUCUAACUGUCGUGAGCAAGUUGUUGGAUGCCGGUAAAUCAGUGAGACUUUUUCACACUGAGGCUUUUAUUUAAAGGUUUGAACUGUCCGAGACUGCACCUUCUUUCUUACUAAUUACAAGAUCCUCAGUGGAGUGUGGCAAGGCUAGAGAUAAAAAAAAUUAAAGAAUCAAACACAUGCUAUUUCGAUCUGAGGAAUUGAAAUACUUUUCACUAGGAUGCAGUCUCCUUCAAUUAAUGAGGGUUGACUAAAACUCUUUAAAGAGAGGCCUUAAUCACAAUUCAUUUAUGUUCAUUGCAGUUCAAAGAGAAAAUUCCACCAAUGAGUUUGCACGGCAGUUUAUUGUUCCACCAAGAAUUCAGCAAAUGGCAUUGGCAGACAGAAUGUUAGGGAAUAAUCCUUCUAUGAUGGCCUUCCGUGGACUUCCAGGUGCAACUACCGAGGUCACUGCACAACAAGUUGAAGACCAAAUAAACCAGUUGAACCGGCUCAGUCAGCAGCUUCGUGCUUUACCUCAGUCUCCUUCAGCCUUCGAACAAUUAGCUAAGGAACAGCAGAAUCCUGUCUCUGGAUAUGUUCAACAGGCAAGCAGACUGACUCCUGAGACUGGAUUUGGAAGACCACUUGGAGCAGUUCCAGGAUACGUAAAAAGUAUUGCUGGAAACCCAUUAACAGGACCCAAUGGUCUUACAAAAGAGGUUUUAGCAGACUUGAUGUUUGGGAAUCUUAAAAGUUUGGCCUCAACAGGUGGUCUGGCAAAUUUCAAUAAUCCAGUGGAAGAGAACGAACUUCCCCCCCAAACACUUGGAACUUCAGAACUGAGUGCAUUCAACAAUCCUUUAAUUGAAGAAAAGCUCAGACAAUCACCACUGGGAAAGCCUGGGAUUGGAUUUCCACUUCCGCCAAAUGAAAAUGUGGACUUUAACGAUCUUCCUAACGAUGAUUUGGACACUUUGAAAGAUUUAUCCAACAUCCACGCAAGACACAACACUAAAAGUGGGAGGAAGAAGAAACCAGUUAAAUCAGAUGUGGUUACAAAGCUUCUGUUGAGUUUACUGGUUGACAAGUUGAAAGACAUAUACGAAAUGGACAAAUUCAAUACCACCCAGAACAAAUCCUUAAAAACGAAAGUGGAUUCUUCGACGAUAGGAAAGAUUGGAAAUGCUUUAAAGGAGCGUAGUCAACCGAAGAGCAGAAAGAAUCCGACUGACAAAGCUGGUGAAAGUAACAUCAAGGUGAUACAAAAUUUUGACAGUAACCUUUCCUUUCCUCUGACGAUUUCGGAUCAGAAAGGGUCCAAGGUGUCACUCAUUGACUCUCCACAAAAUGGUGGUAAAGAUGACAGUUCCGCAAUCAAUGUUGACACCAAAAACAUCGAGAAUAUAAUAAAAGGCAUCGAAAAUGGCAACAUGGAGCCCAAGGAAAACAUUUCUACCCAUAGAACUGGAAAUGGUGUUGACUCUGGAAACAGCCCACAAGAAAUUUCGGAGAAGACGACAAAGACUUUGGAUGACGCCAGUCUUUUUAACAAAGGAUCAAGUUCUGAGUUUCACCAAGUGAAAAUAGAACCCGAUCGUGAUGGUGUUUUAGGAAAGAGCAGAACUAUUCCCACAAUUUCAAACUAUCAUCCAACCGUAGAUACAACAUCAACAGAUCCAAACCCAGGAACAUUCGAUGUUCAAACCGACAAAGCCACAGUGUCAACGCUACCCACGUUUUCUAUCUCUUCUAUACUAAACCAAGAAAUCCCGGGAAGCGUCAAAGGAAGUAACCGCGUUUUAGAUAAUAAUGCCUUAAAGGACGUCAAGGCUGAAUCUAUUGGUUUGGGGGGUUCUCCAUCCACACAGGAACCUGUUUCCUCAAAGGCGGCUGGAGAAAGCGACACUGUCGAUUAUUUGCAAGCUUCCAGAGUUCUCGGAGCUGUGUUCAACAAAGUGAGGGACCCACUUGCUAGAAAGAGCGUUGAAGUUGCUAUAAAGGCCAUGUUGAAGCUGAUGAAGUCGGACAGUGCUUAUUCCAAAAAGCAAACCGUUCCAUCAGUGCAGGAGCCGUGGGUAAAUCAUGAAAAAAUGGGAAGACUAAUGAGAACAAUCCACCAGCUCUCUAAGGCAGUAGACGAGGAAGCGCAGGUAGCUUCAAGUAAAAAAAGGCGUCAAUGGCGAUCGAAGCACAAAAUUCUUAAGAAAUGGAUUUCACAUAAACACUCACAUCAUCGCCAUAAAUCAGGUCUCAUACAGCAUCAUAAACAUAAAUAUUGAGAUAUGGUUGAUGGUAAGACAGUUUCUUCAACAGCGACUGGAGAAAGUGACACUGUCGAUUAACUGCAAGCUUCCAAAGUUCUCGGAGCUGGUUCAACAAGGUGAGGAUCCACUUUCCAUAAAGAGCGUUGAAGCUGCUAUAAAGGCUAUGUUGAAGUUGACGAAGUCGGACAGCGCUUAUUCAAAACAGUUUCAGCAGUGGAGAAACCAUGGGUAAAUCAUGAAAAGUGUGAAGGCUAAUGAGAAGAACAAUAAUGAGAACAACAACUUGAGUCAGCAUUCCAUGUCACCUUUCGGAUUGCCUCUAGAGAAUGAUAAUAAUAAAAAGCAUAUCAUAAAAAUUAAUUAAAUCAUAAUUGUCAGGCGCCCUAGCAAAAUAAAAUUUAAGCUUCCCGCUUUGUAAAAACAACCCUAAUGAUUUGGUAAUUAAAAAACAGGAGUAUUGCUAAUAAAAAUGUUUAAUUGCUGUAUGGCCAUUGUGAGGAAAGCCCUUUUGCCUUGUAAGUAUUGACUCUAGAAUUCUUCUCACUUUGCUUGUCAUGCUUAUAUCAAUGUUUAAGUUGGCUGAUUGCCGACUACAAAGUUUCUUGUAGUUCUCUUCUUGCCUGUUUGCGUGUUUGGCGAUGCGUAUAUGUAAACUCUCAGGAAAAGCAGAAGGUCGUAAAACCCUUACUGAGAUUCCCUGUUUGUUCUUGGUUAUUUCUAUUCGCUGGUUUGAAAGCCCAAAAUGAAAACCGUAAUGCACACACAUUGGUCGCCAACUACAUGGGCUGUGACCAUUGUAGAAUAUAGAAUAUAGAAUAUUUAUACGAGUAAUAACCCAAGGUUAGGGAAUGCGUGCGAGAUCGAUGAAAACGCAUUUGCAGUACUUCUAGAAGAAGUGAUUGCCUGUCUUGAGUGAUAGAACGUCCAAACGCGUUUGAUCAGUUUGUGUUCUGUGCGUUUUAUUCAUUCUUAGUGGAAGUCCAAACGAAUUCUAGCUACAUACGAGCUGGGCAUGUGUACCAGCAACCUGGAGAUUAGGAUUACGGGCUAUUCUAGUCAACUGCAAUUGUCCCCACUGCCGUUUUAUAUUUAAAUGAUUUAAUUACUACUACAGUGCAAUAAUUUGGAAAACUGCUACCUUCGCUCCUGGAUGUGGCCAACGAAAAAGGGCAAGAAAUAUACCUCAUUUCAUGUGAGAAAUUACCAUUAGGAGUAGGAUGUGCGAAAUGGUCCACUGGUGACCCUUGAGCCCUUAAAACUGGCUGUUUAUGAGGGUGACGGACCCUUCUGUAAUCUACAUGGAAGUCACAGCUACAGUUACAGUAAAAACAGUUGUUCUCUAGGGGAUGGGUGUUUACCUUAUUGGUCAAUUCCUGGAUGUGGCAUGUCGACUUGACUGAUCAGCUGUCAGCUAAGAAGUGAUGUUAUUGGCUGUCUUGAGACUCGAAAACGAGAUUCUAGGUGGUACGUUUUGAAACACCUUUUACUCCGGUCUCUUGUUGAUGACAAUGAAGCAUACAAAUGGCAGCAGGUUGUUAAAUGACACGUUCAUUUAUUAAUUUACGGUGCACUGACGCUCGAUUCAUCUCUAAAUCUAAAAAAUAAUAUGAAAGAAAUGAUGUGGCUUCUAUUUCAAAUCCUGUCACGUUGUGCUACUUUGUAGUAACCAUAAAGAAACUGUGGCACCUUUGACAUAAAAAAAAGGUCGCCAAACCAAAUUCUGUUUCUACGGCAGUUUGGAGCAUGAAAACGUAAUUUAAUAAGAGAUUUUAGAAACUGCUGUAUUUUAAGUGCUAUAUAUUUGGAUCUAUAUUGCUGUUAGAUAAAACCAAUAGCGUAUGAUGAAGCCAGACAACCCAUGCAUAAAGAAUGUCGUUUUUCUUACAUCAUUUAAACGAAAGCAAUUGCCACCAAUUUCGUGGGCAGCAAGUACGUUCGGAGCAAAAAAACAUGGCGAUAAAGUGAUAUUUUUCAGCGACGAAAAUUUUCUUUACAUCGAAAUGAUAUAGCGAACAUGUAGCUGUGUAUCGUUCAAUCCUUUUGGGUCCAAUGAUUCAUGGAAGUUGUAUUUUCAAUGAAUUGCAGGUAAGCCUUGAUUCAUAGACGAUUCUUGUUACACUAAGAUAAUGGAAAGUGAAUGAGUGGAAUAAAAACUAAUUUGAUCAUUAUAAACCAUUAAAUUCCCCUCUUAAAAAAAAACUAUAAAUUUGUUUAGAUGUAAUCAGUCACUCUAUAGUUUUGUAUCUUAGGUAGUCUUACAUAAGUUUUGAAUGUUUCAUUGACUUAUUAUAGCAUUUAAUUUGCGAUUUUGGUGACCCUUUUUUGUUAUUCUAUCUAUACAAGUGCCUUAGUUAUCCUGCACAGUUAACCUCUUUUAAGUAAACAUCGAUAUAGCUUAGAUGCUCCUUUGAUUUUCUGAGUUGAGAGGCGGGAGCAAAUUCGAAGGAGGGCACUUAUUUCGCUUUUAGAAUUUUGACCUGAAAAUAACAUCUUUUUUUUAUCCACAGUGUGUACAAACAGCAAGCUAGAUCGUAUCCGUCGUAUCCGUAAAAAAAACUGUGUGUAGUCACUUUAAAAGCCCUGUUUCCUUAACUUUUUCCCUUACGACCAUACUCUAUUACAAUGAUUUUAGAAUCCACCGAAUCAGUGGAUAGCAAUUUUCGCGCGUUUCGAUUGGCUACCGUAACUCGGAAUGUCCUUGCCUAUAGGCCAUUUGCGAGUUCCAAAAACCCUCACUUUCAAAACGAGGCUAAAGUGGCAACUGAGCAAUGGCCUAUAGAUGGUUUUCACAGUGACGUCAUCAAAUUGUAAUGUCAAAAUAGCGAGGUUUUACGAAUUCUUAUUUACACUAGGUUGAAGAUAAACAAAAAGUAUCUUUGUACAAGUUUUCAGUCCCAUAGCAUGUUUCAUUUCGAAAAUACAGCCAUUUGAACUUCCGAGUUUUCACAGUGCGUGACACCAGAAUAGGAAUGCUGUCUCGUUGAAAAAAAGUCUCUCCUCUUGAUUUUCAGCAGUAUAACCAUUUCAAGCAUUAGAAGAUAUGUUUAUGCGCACGUAGACUAGUUCUCGAGUGAAAAGAAGGAGCUUUUAUGGAACAAGUGAACUCCAGAUGUUUUUGUUGAUUUUCGGCGGCCAUAUUGGUGCACCAAAACUGUGCACCAUGGCCAAAAAGACCUGAGACUCGGACAAAUUGUUUAAAUAUUAGUCUUUUAUAACAUAUCAUUUUCUUGGCUUCUUUCACUGGACGGUUUUCAAUUUAUUUUUUUGUUGCGUGACAGUGAAAACGAUCUAUUCCCCCUCGGGAAAAUAUAAAAUCGCAUAGCCGCAGCCCAAAGCAAAUGAGUCACCUAAAAAGCCGGGUUGUAUAACUUAACUUUACCUAUUUCACUAACUUUCAUUACCUUUCUUUUAUUGGUUUGCAGUAAUUUACAAUAAUGAAGUUAUUGUUGUCAUCGUUUGUCUUCAUUUCGAGCUAUAUCCUGCUUUCUUAUGGUAAGGGCUUUCACCACAUUUGACUUUUAAAAAGUUUAUACUUUGUGUCGUAAACGAAUGUAGUUGUAUGUAUACCAUGUUUAAACAUCUUUUUCCGUGUACUCACAUAAACACUUCUAUGUUCAUACAGGAAUUCCGAAACAAAGAGACGAAGGUCGCAGCAAAUCAAGUAAUCUGACUCACUUUUUUCAAGAAAUCGACAGCAACAUAUCUUUACCAGAAAAUAACAACAAGACAAAAGACAAAGAGAAUAAAGUAGACUUGACCAAAAGCUCUGCCGCGGAUAAACAUGAAAAAAGGUUGAAUGAGACCGAUGGAACUACUAAGACUCUUAUAGCAAAGCAUAAAACAAAUCCCUCGAAUACUUCUCAUGAUCAAAAGGCACAAAGAGUUGCGAUUCACAAACUUCUGUGCGACCUCCUCAACAAGACAAAGGGCAACCAAACCUGUAAAGAUAGGAACUUUUCAAAGAAAGCUAUGAUAUGGCCAACAAAAAUGUUACCCUGGUUAAAAAACGUUCUGAUGAGCAAACUACAACGUGGAAGUAAUAAUCAUAUGUCCUUUUUGGAUAACAUGGAAGACCCGACAGGAUCACCUUUUGGAAGCAAUUCAGUAAACAGCAUCUCUGACAACUGGGAUGAGAAUCCCUUUUUAAUGCAUAGAAAACAUCGACAUGGACUUAAAAUGAUUCCACUGUUAAAAAAUUUGAAGGCAACACUUUUUGGACAAGCGCCGACUUCCAAUGUUGGAAGUCUUAAUGAUGCGUUAAAUAGCGAGACACUGAAUGGAUUUGGACCAAUACCAACGCAGGGAAGCUCGCCUCUUGUUCAUCAAAUAUUAAAACAAGCUUUGGGAAGUUCCGACAGGAAUUCGGUUUUAAAUGAAAUGAGGCAGGAGCUCCUUCUGGCAAGCGACCGUGGAGAGGGAGAAACCAACGAGGUAUUUGAUGGCGUAAAUGGAAGAAACAAUCUUGCUCAACUAAACGCUGGUGUUCAAGGAGAUCCCGUGAUGUCUCCACCUACUCAAGGUGUUGCACCAUUUGCUGGCAUGAACAUGUUACAAAGUAAUACGAGGACUUCAAUGAUGGAGCAAAAUGUUCGUCAAGAACCUUUAAUGGAACAGCCGAUUCAUGCCCAAAUGCUAGAUAAUGGCGUCAUAGCGCCGAUGGGGAGACAGCCUCUUGCUGGCUCAUCUUUAAAGGAUGCGUCCUUUUUAAGUAAUUCCCCUGUUGGUGGGUCUUCACUUUUUAGACGCCCUUUUCGAACGUCGUCCUUAGCUGCAUCCUCAUUAAUUGCUCCAACAUCGAGACGUUCUCCACUGCAAAGCUCCUUCCUCGAAACAGCAUCACGAGAAGGCUCCCUUCUUGAAAAAGCUGGCGGAUUUGACAUGCCUGCGACACCAUCAAUGCUUGGACGAACGUCAGCUCUAAAAGAAAGGAUAUUUUCUGACAGUGCACAGGAGAUGCCAGAUUUUACAAGUCGGCAAGAAAACUUCAUAGAGCGUAACGAGCCUCUGGAGAGACAUCAGAACCCAAAUCCACGUCCUCUACCUCGACUUCUUGGCAACAACUUGGUCAUGGAGGAAAUCAGUGACUCCAUGGCUCGCGGCAGAAAUCUCCCCGUGCAAGCUAAUCCUGAUUUCGAGCGUCUGAUGAAACUACGUUCCCGACUCCGGUCAAGAAAUCCCACUAGUUCACGGAUGUCUGGCCUUGAACUUGGUAGUAAUUAUGGUGAUACACUUCGUUUAUCACCAAGCUCUAAUUCAUUAGGAAUCGCCUCUGUUGUGGCCAAAGAUGAAGAUUCCAUAAACUUUAACGACCUAAACUCUGAGCGUUCUUUAGCAUUUAGAAGAGGGAAAGUCUCAAAGAUAACAGGCAAUUCUCGUGCCUAUACAAAGAACAAAAGCAGCCAACAAAAUCAUAAAAAAGAUAACACCAAGACCAAAAAGAGUUGA